AUGCGCAAGCCGCUUACUCCCAAUGUUCGGCGGAAGGCUCUGAUUGUUGGCAUAAACUACACAGGCUCUCAUGCACGAUUGAAGGGUGCCGUGAAUGAUGCGUGGAACAUGUACACCAUGUUGAGGCAGUCCUUGCUGCUGGAUGAUGAUCGCAUCCGGCUGCUGGUAGACAGUGACAGUGGCAACAAGAUUUCGCCAGCACAGGUUCCGUCCAAAGCCAACAUCUUGAUGAACCUCCAGUGGUACACGUUCGAUUGCCACUCGAACCAAUGGUUUGAGCAUCCCGUGACCUUGCGACUAAACCGAGAGCCGUUUGGAGAAGGCGGGAUGCGAUUGGUCUACCGAGCCCGAGAAAUCUUGGAAGAUGGAUCUGAAGUGGAUGCAGUAGUGAAAAGGAUAAAACCGGCCAGUGGCCUGAAGCCAGAGGUGAACUAUCACGAGGCGAUCACACAAAUGGUGGCAGACAGCUAUGCUCAGGAGUUUAACAAGGCAUGUGCGCAGGCAGGUCUUCCUCACAGGCUGGCGUUCCUGCCUGUGUCAGUGGUGAAAAUCCACGGUUACGCCGAGCCGCUUUGCCUGGAGCCAUUCCUGUCGGGGGACUACGUGAAACACAGCGACAAUGCUGGACAUCGAGAAACGGACAACGAAACUGCGGCGGCCUUCUCUUAUUUCACCUAUAUCUUGUCGCAAAAAAUGCUGGUGGUGUGUGAUAUCCAAGGGGUUGGAACCUUCUACACAGAUCCACAGAUUCAUACCACCGAUGGAGAAGGAUUUGGUGCUGGCAAUCUGGGUGCUGAAGGGAUUCGACGCUUCCUCCGGACUCAUCGACAUAACUUGCUUUGUGAAGAAUUAGGCCUUCCAAGCCCUGAUGCAGGCCUGUCGGAUGAAGAACUGGCGCAGAAGUUCCAGGCACAGGAGAGGGAAGAUGCAGCGCUGGGUAGCCAAGACCCGAUGAUCACCAUGCUCCCGGGCCUGGCAGAGUCUUCAACGUGGAAUCCAGAGCAGUACCAUAAAGAUAAGCCGUCCUGCAACGUUUUCAAAGAACAGUGGUCCAUCAGUGGCCAUCCUGAAGCCAAUGUCGAAAUUGUGACCACGUCACCUGAAGAUUCCCAGCUCUACCCGUCAAGGGAGGUCAACGGAGGUCAUGAGUUCCUCCAGUUUGCCACUGAUCCAUCUGAUCCCUUCAUGCUAGAGCCGCCAGAGCCUGACAGGACCCAGCGGGAAAAGAGCACGAGGCCACCUGGCGUCCCCAAAACCGUGCCAAAGCCUCCGCCCAACGCGGCGUAUCGCUUGAUCUCAAUGCUGGAGUUGAACCGCUUCAUUACGCAGGUUCCAUCUGGUGCAACCUUGACCACCGUCUUGGAUUGCGCAUACCCAGCUCUACCAGGUGUGAGUCCGGGCUGUAACCUGCCACCCACGUUCCAACGGGUGCAGCGAGGACGUGUUGAUUACGACAAGAUGUUGGACUUCGUCACGCGGCCAAGGUUUCUUGAGCUUCCGCCUCUACCUGUGCAGCACACGAUGCCACAGAUUUGGAAGCCGCAGACUUUCCCUGCCUGCAAGCUGCAUUGCUUCUGCGCCGGCAGGCUGCAAGAGUGGUGA